AUGAUGACAUCUCCAAAGUUUGUCUUUUAUCUGACUUCUUUGUUUUUGGGGAAAAUGGUUCAGACGACCGAUCUGAAUUUCUCCUCAUCUGUUAAUCAAGAGAUUCGUUUUCUAUCAGUUACAACUGGGGAAAGAUUGACGUUGCAGUGUUUCUAUGAAGGUGCUGUAGCAGCAAGGCUUUUCUGGUACAAACAGACACUGGGACAAAAACCAAGGCACAUCUCUACCUUCUACAAAUACGACACAAAAGGAGUUUUUCAUGCUGAAUUCAAUAAUCCACGUUUCACAUUGGAUGCUGAAGGAGGUAAAAAUCACUUGAGGAUAUCAGAUCUGCAAAUUUCGGACUCCGCUACUUACUACUGCGCAAGUAGCUAUUCAUACAAGUUUGAUUUCAUGCAGGGCACUUUUGUCAGUGUCCAGGGUUCAGGUUUGAACGUUCCAACUUUGGUCCACCAGUCAGCAUCUGAGACCAUCCAGCCAGGAGGCUCUGUGACUCUGAACUGUACAGUUCACACUGGGACCUGUGAUGGACAACACAGUGUUUACUGGUUCAAAGACUCUGAAGAAUCUCAUCCAGGACUCAUUUACACCCAUGGAGGCAGGAAUGAUCAGUGUGAGAGGAAACCCAACACACAAACACACACCUGCGUCUACAACCUGCCAAUGAAGAACCUGAAUCUGUCUCAUGCUGGGACCUACUACUGUGCUGUUGCCUCGUGUGGACACAUACUGUUUGGAGACGGGACCAAGCUGGUCUUUGAGGAGGUGGAUUCUCUUGUCUUGGUAUAUUUCUUGAGUGGAGCAUUAGCAUUCACCAUCAUCCUGAGUGUCUUACUGGUUUUCUUACUGUGCAUGAUGAACAAGAGGAACAUCUGUGAAUGUACAGAGUCUCAUGCAAAAGGUUCACCCUGCUCCACAACGAAUGCAGAGGUUGAACAAAAUGAAGAAAACAUCAAUUACGCUGAUGUAAGGGAACUCAGGGUCAACAGAUCAAGAAGACAAAGGAACUACACCGAGACUGAAUGCACGUACUCAAGUAUAAAGAAGUAGAAGUGGACACGUUUCCAAGCAAGCCCAUGAGACACUGCUCAUCUUAUCUUUCUUGUGACUAUGGGUUGAAGAAGCCAGUGAUGUUCCUUUCCUAAAGAUUUGUUGAUUAAUUUGCUGGCUUGGACUGCAUUAACUGUAUUCAAAUGUAAAAAAGUUAAAAAAUGUUUUGUUCUCCAACAAAAUCAAGUUUUAGGAAAUCAGAUAGUUAAAGAUAUUUACAACAUAUGCUUAAUGUUCAUGCUUGUAGGUAAGACAGAACUGUAUGAAUGCACGCUGUUUUAUAAAGGAGAAGAGGAAACAAAGAGAAAGAGGGAGGGAAGGUUUGAGGGAGAGAGAACAGUUACAGGACUACAAAGCGGAAGUAUGACCUUCGUCAGAACGAUGAGUCAAGGCAAUCAAGCAUUAACGUCUCAUUGGCCAAACAACCUUCAAGAUCGAUCCGUUCUCACUCCCAACGUGUCAAAUAUUAACACUUGGUCAGUGUCA